AUUGGAUCAUUACAGCUAUUGUUUGGGAAAUAAAAAUGAAAUUUUUCUACCUUUUCCUCUUUGCAUUGUUGGAUGUGAGCUAUGGAUGCCCUCUUGACUGUAGCCUAGUAAGCUGUACACAAAGCUUCAAUCCUUUUGACUGUCCUGAUGGUACCCUUUACUCGAACAAUGCUGUAAUGUGUGGUUGUUGUCCAGGAUGUGUCCAACUGAAAGGACCAAAUCAACCCUGUCAAGGAGAGACUCAAUUAACUUUUGAUGUGAAAAACCUGUUCACGGUGAAGGGCUCAAUUAUCCUCAAUGCCACAAAAACUCCACCUGUAGUGGCAAGUCAAGAUUGUGCCCCUGGAUUGAAAUGUGUGAACACAAAAUGCUCUGCAUAUCCGUCGCAAUACACCUGUAAUGUUGAAGACAUCAAUAACCCAGUGUGGAAGCCUGAUUGCGACAUUGACGGAUCCCACAAAGCGGUGCAAUGCAAGACCAAUGGAGCUGAUCCACGCUGCUUCUGCUAUAGCAAGGAAGGCAAUCGUAUCUUCGGGUUUGACUGGAUCGAAAACCGCGACCAAAUGAAGUGCCAAUGCUCGAGGCUGGUAGAAGAUCUCAAGAAGGACAAAAAAAACAUAGACCUCACCUUUCACUGUUCAUCUAACGGCAAUUUUGAGCCUCUGCAGUGCAACCGUGGAAUGUGUUACUGUGCCAACGUGCUAUCGGGCCAGCCCGUCUCCUACGCCGUAAACGCCCCAAUGUGGAAAACGCUGCCAUGCUACAACGAGACCACCAUGGGAUUCAAUUACUUGAAGACUUGUGACAGCCAGUUCAACGCUUUGGCACUCAUCAAAAAGGAAAUGAACUACCACGGAGGUAAUCCAAUCACGCUCGCUGCGCCUCAGUGUGACCCCGAUGGAUCCUACUACGCUAAACAGUGCGAUGGGAACCAGUGCUAUUGCCGCACGCGGGCGAAUGUAAACAUUGGGUCCUACUCCACCCAGCUCAACACCAAUUCGGAGCUGACACAGAAAUGCUAUUGCGCACGAGAUCAAGUCAUUUUUGCGGAUGCCAAUAAAGCACAUAGUUACCAAUGUGACAAUGGUGGCAAUUACGAGCCAAUGCAAACCAUUGGAGGGGCAGCUUUUUGCGUUGAUCAGGACGGUUUCAUAAUCUCUGAUUAUGUGCCCAUCGCAGACAAGUGCACUUUAACGGCAUGUAAAACUGACGUCAUGUGUCCGCCGUAAAUCCGUUGAAAACGUGGGAGUUUUGAUUGACAGUCGUUUGUAAAAAUAUUUCGCGCAUACAGAGGACGAGAAUACUAAAAAUAGCGUACACGAACGAAAUAAACAUUUUUUAUUUGAAA